UUUAGGAAAAGUCAAAUUUUGUAAAAUGCUUUCAACAUUAGAAUUCUUUUUAAGAAACACUAAAUCUAGAAGAGGUCAGGGUGGAGUACCUGAAAACACUGGCAAAGUGAAAGGAUCAUUCUGCCUCUUUGACAGUAUUACAAGUUGCUUGUGAUCUGUUUCAAGUAGGAAUUUAGUGCCUAAGAAGUAGCAGCUGAAGCAGGCACAAGCUCACACAAGAGCUCACAAAACGCUGUUCAGUAGGAGUCAUUGCUCUUGGUGCACUUGACACUGGUUUCCAUACGUGACACCUUGUCAUAGAAAAGCAGCAUCUCCCAACACCCAGCUCAUGCUCUUUUCUCGCUGCUGCUAUCAGGUAGAAGUUACAAGUACCUCAGGACUUGCACCACCAGGUUCCAGAACAGAUCCUACCCCUGAACUAUUAGGUUCUUGAAUAAAAGGGAUUAACUACAUUAACUUAAGGACUUUUUUAUUUUGUUAUUUCAUACUCAUUAUUUGUUGCUAUUUAUUUAUAUCUGCAUUUACACAGCUUGGUGUUCAUUGAUCCCGUUUACAGUUACUGUUCUAUAUAGAUUUGCUAAGAAUGCCGGAGAAAAAGAAUCCAGGGUUGUAUGUGGUGAUAUGUAUGUACUCUGAUAAUAAAUUUUACUUGGAGCUUUGAACUUCAGACCACUGCUGCAGUAUUGCAUGAGCACUCCCCCCUAGAAGAGGCAUCUGCUACGACCUUAGCUGCUUUGUUCAGAUCAAAGAAGCCAAUGUUAGUGGAGUGAUAAGCUCUACUUUAAGUGAUGAGAAUGACUUCUCCCAUGGUGUGUCCCAGGUCCAGAUGUUUCUCUGACAGAGGGCAUGUAGUGGCUUUGUUUACUCUGCCAAAUCUAGAAUGAACUUUCCCAGCUUAUUUACCAGGCCAAGGAAGCUGCAGAUCUCUGAUACAUUAAUAGGUUGUUCCACGUUCCGAUCUCCAGCUAGCUUGUCUGAAUUUAGUUGCACUCCCUCUGAGCAUAGUUGGUGACCUAAGAACUUCACCUUCGACUUUGUAAAUUUACAUUUCUUUUUGUUCAGGGUGAUUGCAGCCUGUUUCAGUCUCUCCAAGGCUGCUUCCAGUCUUUUGUCAUGCUCCUCACUUGAUGAGGCAUCUGUGUGGCAGACUAUCCAUGCAGUCCCUCCAAAAUUUAGUUCAUCCUCUUAUGAAAGACUUUAUGGGCUGAAGAGAUGCCAAAAGAGGGUCUCUUGGAAGAGUAGCAUCCAUAUGGUGUGAUAAACAUUGUAAACUUCUGUGACUCAGAAGCAAAACACAUCUACCAGAACUCUGAGCUUGUAUCUAGUUUGGUUGAAGAACUUUGCUCCACCCAGCAUACCCAAUGUAUGCUCAACAGGGUGCAAACCAGUUCGUUGGUCCAUUCACUCUAGUUGUAAUGUCAAGCACUUCUAUUCUCUCAAGUUCAGCUUUGACUUUUUUCAUCAGUGGUGAAAAAACACAUCACAUCUUGCUGUGGUCAAAUAGUAAGGCAUCAUUCCUGGCCUCAGAUGAAUAAGGUACUCUUAUUACAUUGCCCCCAGGCCUGUGUACUUCUCCUGCCACUGAGCAUUGUUUAGCAAGUCCAACCCUGCAAUGAUGUUCAGCUUCUCGAUGACAUGUCAUCCCAGUAGUAGUGAGGAGAGAUUCUGAACAACAUGGACUUCCUCUUUUAACUGUUUCUUAUUUUUAUGGAUGGAAGUAGCAAGCAUUCCUUUCACACUAAGCUUAUGUUUCCCAUGACAAUGUUCUUUGUUAAGUAUAGUGUAAUGCCUGUUUUCUUUGUCAGAUCUGUGAACAUACAUUCAGGGAUGCUUAUGGCAUCUGCUUCAGUGUCCAUUUUGAACAUCACUGCAUUAUUUUGCAACUGAACCAUGGUACACCGGCCUUGUCUAUUUGAAUCUAGAGCCCCAAGGAAAGCUCUCUCUUUCUCUAAAUCAUGGUCUUCUUUGACCUCCUGAAGAACUGUCUUUGAGUAGCUCUGUUUGAUGAACCCUCCGUUCUGUACAGGUUCGAGCUUUACCUCAGCAUAAUUUUUGUGCCUGAGUUCUGCCUGUUGUUGAUGAACAUUCUCACUCAGCCUGACUAUAGUAAUAGCUCUCUACAGUCUGAGAUUUGCCUGCAAUUGAAGUCGCUCUGAUAAUUUGGUGUCUGGUAGCCCAAUAACGUCCUCUCUCUUAAGAGCUCAUCUCUCAGGUUUCCAUAUGCACAGUGUAUACAAUGUUGUGAUGAAGUAAUUUACCUUUCAUCUAGCUUCAGUUUUCUUGAGUUGAACUUUGCCCUCUUUUGAAUUUAAACUUUUCAGGAGUUUAGGCAUCUGUUCUCUAAAAGUUAGCAGACUUCUGGUUUAAGAUGGCAUUACUGAAGGGGAAUGAUAACUCACUGAUAGUUUGAAAGCAAGAAAUUCUACUAAAACAUUACUAAUCUCACCUUUUCUCAAGUAAAUUGUAAUAAACUAUCACUGCAAACAUUGAAGAAGUGAGUAAAGGCAAAGGGAGGGAUGAGCUGUGCUGGUGCAUUACAAAAUUAACACAGAUGGAGUUGGUGAGUGAUUCAGAGAGGAGAAGUCAAGGCAGAGGAGUUUUGAUGCCCAUCCAACUAACCUGGGUGUGAGGUUGGAACACUCUAAACACCGAACUGAUUUGGGGAGUGUGUGAACUCCUCUUUGGUGGGAGGGGCUAACUGAGUGGCAUAGGAAUAACAGAAUACCACAACAGAAAAAUAGGUGAAGGUGAGUGAUCAAGAAAUUGGCAGAAAAAGUACUUUAUAGGAAAAUGUUGUGUUAUUCUUUUCGUAAGGAAAAAAUAAAUAAUUAUUUAAAUGAAUGCAGUGAGACUAUAAUGUAUUGUAAUAGGAUCUGGUGAUCUUAGUACACUUACGAUUGGUAACCAACAACUUGCACUGCACCUUUGAGGGAUCUAUGGAUGUGAACUCAAAUGUCUCUCUGUUCCACCACACUGUUAGGAGUCCUGCCAUUAAUCUUGUAUUCUGCCUUCAAGUUCUUGAUCUUCCAAAGUGAAUCACUUUACACUUUUCCAGAUUGAACUCCAUGAAUCACUUCUCAAACCAGCUCUGCAUCCUAUAUCUCACUGUAAUCUAUGGCUACCCUCACCAUCCACAACACCGCUGACCUUCAUGCCAUUUGCAAACUUACUAACCCACCCUUCCACUUUCUCAUCCAGUCAUCUAUAAAAUUCACAAAGCGCAGAAUAAGAGAAUGCCUAUUGUGAAGAAUGUGGUAAUUGGUUCUCUGAGUGACAUGAGUCUUUGAGGUUCCUCCUUCCAGAGAGCCCGAGAUGGCAGAUUAUUCGUUAUUUACAAACGUUGUAUUUACAAGGGAGUUGCGAGCGAGAGAGCAGAAAAGUAGCGUUGAGUAGUGGGCGGCAUGCUUCAGUGAGCUACGAUUUUACUGAGCAUGCUCGAGUGCCAGGUUGGCCUAUUCCUGCACUUACUUAUAAUCAAAGAAAGUAGAGACUAAUCAUUCGGCGUCUGGUAAAGUAACAUUUAAAUGCUGCAGAUCGACGCCGUUAGAUAAUACACAAGUGAAUUUGACAUGGAGAAUAUGGAAGUCAAAGCUAAAGAUUAUACAUUCCAUAAAGAAAGCCAUUCCAAUUCAGUGUUUCAUUUGACACGCGAACACCUUGAAUUGUUAGUAAUUUGGUCACACUGUCAUGGCAAUCAGUGCACAUUUACCCCAAUUUGGAGAGAGAUUAUUGAAGAACAACAAAAUGGAGUCCUGGCAAUUCUGUGGGAGUGUGAAGCUGGUCAUUCUUACCACUGGUGGACUGGAGGAGUGUGUCAGUUACCAUGUGAUCAAGAGAAAUCCAGAGGUCAGCUGCCUGUAAAAUCUAAAUAUUUGGAAGAUGAUUUGGUAAUACCUGGACAACUCCGAAAGGCACAUAGAGUUAAAACUAAUAACAAUGAUUUAGCCAAAGAACCGGAUUCAUCUGAUGGCUCUUCCAAAUCUUUUCUACCAACCAAUGUUAAGGCAGCUCAGAAUGGAGCACCAGUUUCACAAGUACUUUCUACCCAUCAUUCAUGGAGAGAACCAGCAGUUGCUAGUGACAGAGGAAAAUUGGGUGUCAGUGCUACAAUUGGUAACACAUCAACUGAUAAUGGAGCUGAAAUUGUGCAUAUAAAAACUGAAAGAGAAGAAACCACAGAUUUUAAUAAGCACUGUGAUAUCAAAGAUGAAAAUAGAAGUCAAAAUCAAGAGCUGAAGAAAUAUCAUGUGAGCAAUAGUUCCUUGGUUGCAGGGCAAUCUUCUGGACAUUACUUAUCUUCAGCUGACACAUGCAGUCCAUCGAAUGGCUGCAGAAAACGAUCUUCUUCAUUUACUGAAGACCAGUGCUCUGAUCCAUCACUAAUUUCUCACUGUAAUAGCAGCAAAGUUCAUGUUUCAGAGCACCACUCCCCUCAUCCAGUUUCCAGAGGAUCUUGUUUAAUGGAGAGCACCAUGAAGCCAUCAGACGCAUCAGCAGGGCAUUAUUCUAUUGGGUCAGCAAAGCCGACAAAUCAAGAUCAGAGUGGUGCAAAUAUUGGGCCGCUUUUAGAUUCUGAAUAUGGUCGAUCUUUAACCCAUAGUCAUAUAAAUUCUGAUGUUCAUGAAUCUGAAUUGCAGUGCGACAGUCCAGUAUUUGGGCAGGAGGGCGUUGUAGAGUUUUUGCAUGCUAUUUUGAAACCUGAUGUCGUGGAUGAGAUCUUCUCCAACGCUCGAUUAGCAAAUGAAACUGAUGUUGAAGUUUUGACAGACAAUCUCAGUGGGAAAGAAACUGUUCUACUGGAUCCUGGAAUUCAGUCAAAUGCACAAAUGUAUUUCAGUGCUGGUGGAUGGGCAGCUGUUGCAGCAACACUUGAAGUAAUAGGAGAGGCCUUGGAAAGGAACAAAGGUUGCCAAGAUAUGGAAGAUUCAGUAACAGAAGUUUCAGAUUCUGGACCAGAAUUAAUGAUCACAAAUCCAUAUCCAUCUUGUAAUCUACUUAAUGCUACAGCAGUGGAUGAAGAACAAAUUGUUGUCGCCCAUGUACCUGCUUUGCUCCCCUCAGCAGAUGAUAAAAAGAGGAAAGUUAAAUAUCCUGUGACCAAGGGAGAAAUUAGAAGGCGCAUUAUUCCCCCUGAAAAAAUGUCCAAGACAGUCAUUAAAAGCUAUCUGAGGUUAAGAAGGGAUAACCGCUUUGAUAUCCGCCAACUUCUGGAUCUACCUGUAACCGGUUAUGACCGAACCCUUCAUACAUCUUUUACUCGACUCUGUGAGGGAGAGGCAAAAACACUGACAGAAAACUUUCACCAGCUGAACCUUGGCUACUUUCCUGUUGAUGAAUGUGCCAGCAUGAUGGCAGAAAAAGCUGCAGCAUCAGAAAUAUAUGCAGCAAGAAAGGUGAUUGAAGAUCUUGAUUCAAUCAUGAACAAUUUUAUGUGGCAGGAACACCCAUAUAAUUUAAUCACACAUGGAUUUGGGCCUCAGAACAUCAAGGUGGUUUUGAACUUGAUAAAGCUACUUCUACGAGAAUCACUACGAAAGUCCGCAUCCUAAUGCAAGCAGACCAGAAUUUAUAUAUUUUUUUAAUCAAAAUAGUGAAAAACAUUUUUGUGUUCUGUCUGUUCAUGCUAUUCACGUGUUUCUAAUUCUGUAAUGAUAGUUACAGAAAUGUUUUAUGAUGAUGUAAUUUAUACAGAAGCCCUUCUCUAUUAAACCGUCAAUGGGACAGCUGUGUAAAAAAAAAAAUUGGAAAAUGGAACAGAGAAGGCAUCUCUUGGGUUUGUUAGAUAGUUAGAAAAUUGUUUAUUUGUUGUAGUGAAUGGGUACUGCAGAAUAAAAUGUACAUCAAAAAUAGUGUAAAAUGUGAAAUGUUUACAUGAAUCAAAUGAACUGUGUUGUUAAAUGGUUAAAAUACCAAAAUCAUUGUUUAUUCAGACAAGUAUAUACAGAUAGCUAACUGAAUCUCAUCUAAACAUAGCAAAUCCUACCUGAGAUUUGUAAAAUUCCUUCCUGUGCACAGAGGUGCAAAUUAGCAUGAAAAGAAAAUGACCAUUGAUCGAAAGAAAACAAGAAACAGUCUAGUUAAUCUUUAUUCAGGUUUGCCACUGUUGCUUAGUAAUCAAAUUACUAAAGUGUCCUGUGUCAGAUCAAGAUUUGACACUUCACUUCUGCUCAAUUGACAUUAGUGUAAUUAAUCCAAGAGGUAAAAAAAACAUGUUUUUGUUAUCUGUACAAUGAACAUAUAAACUGGAAGCAGUAAAAUGUGGAGUAAAGAACUUACAAUUAGUUAUUUCUCAUCUGUGCAUUGUAAUUCUCAAAAAUAUGUGUUGUAAACAACUUCAGGUGAGAAAAUGUGGAUUAAGUCAAAGAUUUUAAUGAAAUACCAAUGGAAGACUUUAUAAAGAGUUAAAGUAGCUGGAAAAUGUUGAUCAAAAUCAGUGCUUUUCUUUAUCGGCCAUUAUUGUAUUUAUUACAUGGCACGUUCAAGGAUAGAGCAGACUUGAAAUGACAGGAACAUAGGAUAUUGUCAAGACACAGCAGAUGUUUUCUUGUACAUCAUGUGACCUAAUUUUAAAAAAGGGUUUGGAGAUUUUUAGUAUCGGUAAAAUUGUAAUUCUUCUCCAAAGAUCAAUGGUGAGUAUGAAAUAUAAUGCACAAUAAUUGGCACUGACAACCAUAUCUGUUCUUUGUGCCUUGUGAAACUUCCAACAGCUAUGGCUAAUUCACGGUACAGAUUCUAUCUUUAGAAUUACUUUUAAUAUUGUUACUGCUUUAGUGAGAUUGCCAGAAUUCCGAAUAGUGUUGUUGCAGAGAAAAUUGAGAUAGAAAUAGAUCAUUCUUUGGGAUGAGUCAGGUAUGCUGGAAUUUGAUUUUGUUGACCCUUGAAAAGUUAUUGUGUGAACUGUAAUAUAAAGUAAGAGCAAAUGCAGUGCUGUCAGGAAAUGACAAAUACACUUUCAUCUUCUGCCAGGCUGCUUCACUCUUCCAUCUUCAUCAGGUAACAAAGACUUGAAGAAGGGUUACAAGGAUGACAAUGCCAUUCCAGCUCAUUGUUCUUUGUGGGAUCAGGAUAGUGGGUCUUAAAUAUUUUUAUUGUAUGUGCAUUGAGCUUCUGAGUUCUUUUGUCACUUUAGAUAAAAUUUUAAUUUAAAUAACUCACUUAACGCUAAUUCAUAAAGGUACAUUUAUAAAAUUACAUAAAUGGCUAAAAUUUUCAUGUUAUCAGUCAGCACCAUUACAAGUUAGCCUUCAAUGCAGUAAACAUAUAUGAGAUGGUCCCUUCAGCAAGUGGUACUUUGUGAAUUAGCUUUAGAGAGUGCUGGUAAUUAAAUGCCAGAAAUGGCACAAACCAGUAGAGUGAGCACAUAACCUGCAAUCUGCUACAAAGCUGGUUAUUGAUGCACAUAUUUCACAGGAAAAAAACAAAUUAAGCAUAAAUCAUACAUAACAUUUACAAAAAAAAAACAAAGAAAAAGUCCAUUUCACUGCAAGGUGGUUAACUGUAAUGAUUAGGGUUUUGACAAUUUGAUAACUGAAUGGUUGAAGGGAAGUGGCUGUUCAUGUGGUGGCGUGGGACUUCGGGUUUUUGAACCUCCAUCCAAAGGUAGCCUCCAAAAGAUGGUGUGGCCUGGUGCAGACCUUUGAUAUAUAUUGCCCUUUUGAGGCAGUGCCUCUUGUAGAUACUACCAGUGAUGGGGAAGGAUGCACAUGAUGAAUUGGGCAAAGUCCACAACUCCAAAGCUGCUUCUGUUCUGCAUUCAAAUUGCCAUACCAAACCUUGGAUACAGCCUGGAUGAAUAAUACUGGACAAUUUUGGUAAGUUCUGUCAAAGAACCAUUACAGUACUAUUUCUGAACUACGCCGUAAGAAUUUGUUUUUCUACAUGGAUCUGUGAUGAACAUCACUGCUUAUAAUUUACUUGGUCUGUUAUUUGUUUGUCUUAAACAUAUUGAUUUCUCCCUGCUACACAAUGCUGCAGAAUUUACUGACACUUGUGAAAUAGUACCAAUUGAUCUAUGACUGCAUAGAACAUUUAAAGCAUAUUAUUUUUGGAAUUCCAUGACCAAAUAUGCAUGUAAAUUAUUUUAAACCCAUCUUCGUAAGUUGUUUCAAAGCUUCCAUAACACUAGUCAAACAUUCAUUUUGUGAUAAAGUAUCCUAAACAAAUUCUGCAGGUGUUGCCUAUGGUGGAAAAUAAACAUUUUUUAAGCCUUAUUUUAAAUACCUACUGCAUGAAAGGAUUAAUUAGUAUGAUAUACUCCUGGUGUUAGAAUCUUUUAAGCUAUCAGGAUAUUUGCAAAAUUUAUAGUUAAGAUGGCAGGUAAAAGCUUAAUGAGGUUUUCUUUAGUUAGGCAAGUUGCGGUUUGGGUCUCAGUUCUGCCCUCCUCAAGAAAAAUCUUUUCAGUGGAGUAGUUAUUAAUUGAUGACAUCUAGUGGUGUUAAGAAGCUGUACGCCACUUCACAAAACCAAAAUUAUCCCUGAGGACUUUGUGUUCUUUUUAAUUCAUAGUCUAAAACACAGUCUAAAUAUUACACAGGUUAAUUGGGUAUAGGGAAAGGAUAAUGCUGAGCAAGAAUUAGGAAUAUUCUUAUUGAUGUAUAUACCUUCACUCUGUUGGUAAAUAAAAGCUCCGGGAAGUCACUUAGUGUAAUUAAGCAUAAACAUAUGCUUAUUUCAAAUGCUAUAGGUAUAGUAUGAUGCCACAGUUUCUUAAUUGAAGUUGUUACAUAGAUAAAAUGUAUAUCCUUCAAAAUAUUAAAUAUUUCAGCGAUGUAUUUUUUUAAAAAAAUGAUAUACACUGUAGACAUUUAUCUCUGUGGAUUUACAAUUAUCCCUUUAUAGCUGAGGAACCAGUGUUUCCAUGAUUCAUUAGAAAGUUGUGGUCUAAAUCAACCACUGUAAUAGAAAAAUUGUACAACCAUCUUGUCUUCAAAUCUUGUGAUAAUGUAGUUGACCAGUUAAUUAUACAUAAUAUACAAAAAUGAAUGUAAUUGUGUGUAGCAUGAGGAAUUGAACAUAUUCUGCCUUUGCCAUUCCUCAUUUUAGUUUUUUAAGAAUAAUAAUUUGAAAUAAGCAUAUGUUUAUGCUUAAUUAUACUAAGUGUUUAACUGA